UCUCUCAGCGUGGUUACAUAUAAACGAAGCAUUGUUGUCAUGAGAACCAACAGCGUAAAUAGUUUCGUGACAACAGGAUACACUUCCAGAACACGGGAGCAAGUAAAGCAAAAAGGCAAAAAUUGAAGAGAAAAUUUUGGAAAGGAAUAAGAAUUGGACCCAGAUCACGCUAAAUCUUCCAUAGUAAGCUGUUUUGUUUGGCACAGCAAAGAAUGUUGAAGCAUCAUACCUUGGCCACACUGCCCUGUCAACAACUACAUUUUACACUGAGUGAAUGGAUUCAAAACAACAAGUUACUGAACAAAUCAGCAGAUUAUCACCAAGAUUUAGCUGAAAGAAUACUGUCUGAAGGAUCAAGAGCUAGAGAGGUGACAGCACACACAACCAAAGCCAACAAGAAAGAAGUUGACAUAAAGUUAAAGGAACGAAUAACAGACAUCCAGUUUCACAAAAAGGAACUGGAAAAACAAAAAGAACAAUGCUGCAAGGAAGAGGAACUGCUGAAGAUGUAUAAGGAACGUGUAUUAUGCACUAUGGAGUCUUUGAUUCAACAGGCUCUCAGUAUUGUCAAGAAGUGUAUUAUUCUUAGGGGAAAUCGAUUGGGAAUUGAUUUGGUGCAUGAUGCUGUAGAAAACUCACUUUACAAGGAAGCUCAAACUAUUGAGAAUGCUCAUAAAUUGCUUCAUAAUACUUUGGAACAGACAAAUGAGCAGCUCCGCUUACUGCGGUCUACCAAAUAUUUCAUUGAACAUGAUCACAGAGAUAAGGCAGCAGCACUGAUUGUUGAUGAUCACUGUUCAAACCUCAAGGAAACACGUCUAAACCUUACUUUUUAUCAAGGGAAAGCACAACUGGAUGUAAGCAACAUUACAGAAGAAGAAUGGGCACUAUUUACAACUGGAAAUAUUGAGCGUGCAUCAAAAGAAAUUAAAAAUAGUUACUCACUGCGGUCUGGCAUUGAUAUGAUUCUUAAAAAGAUAAAUGAAGAACUCUGGGAGCUGUAUUAUGAUACCAAUCACAUUUUCCAACAAAGAAUAAGAGAGACAAGAGAUGCAAAAAUAAAGUUUGAGAAUCAGCUGAAGGAGACAGUACAAAAAGCAAAUGAAAUGAUUCGUAAUAUUACACAGAUUGAAAAAGAAAUUACUAAUAAGGAAGCUUUUUUGGCACUUGCUCAAAAAAGAAUAUUAAAUAGAACACAAAGGCCUAAUAUAGAGCUCUGCAGGGAUGAGGUGGAAAUCAAACUUCUUGCUGAGACAGAAGACUUGAAGGAUAGUAUUACGUGGUUGGAACAAGCUCGCUCUGAGGCACAGGCUUCUAUGCGGUUCCUGCUGAAGACACAACUGCAACUGGAAGAGGAAAUCAACAUCAAGACAAACACAUUGAAAAUUGAUGAGGUGGAAUGUAUGACAUUAAGACAAAGCAUGGAUUAUCCAAUACAUUAAUUUUAACAUAACUUUUGCUGGGCUAUGAAUUAUAAUGAAAUGUUUCUCAUUUUUUUCCUUUUUUUCAUACAAUAUGUUGUGCAUGCUGUCUGUGAAUCACUUGAGU